AUGGAGACUCGAAAGCCACGAGACUGCUCCCGGUCGAACAUCGGCCGUAACCGGUUUCCCAGUUUAGCCGGGCUCUCCGCCUUUUUAUUUAAAGCGCCCCAUGGUCUGCGUGGGCCCAACCGAGGGAUUCGAACUCGAAGUUUGCUCAACUCCGUGCUUUACUUGCAAGCCGUCAUUCCCGCUAGCAUUCACUCGCAAAGAAUUGCUUGGAACCCAGUCGCUAUGAACCUCAAGUUCCUUACAUCAUUAGCCAUCCCCUUCGCCAUUGCAUCUUCCAUUGUAGGGGACGCCGAAAUGGACUGUCCCACCGACAAGGCCAGAUGUGUCGAUGAUAUGAAUCAAUCUUCCAUUCCAGCCACGCCGGAUGGACCUGCGGACCAGCAUCACUUCCAUUGCUCGAAUGGAUACACCAUCGUAUGCGACAAGUAG